AUGCGAGUGCUGUGGCUGGCAACCUUCUUACCUUUGGCGCUCUGCCAAAAUGCUGCCGAUCUCGAAUUUUCUCCGUAUGUCUACUCUGCUGUGAAGAUUCCGUUUAAAAAUUCCAACUACGCAAAGGAUUGGUUCGGAUCAGACGUGGCGCUCGUGCAACACCCACUCUUAGCCGCUGCAAAACCGUUGAAACCUGGUAACCCUGUCGCACUGCCCACGAUUGCUCCGUACGUGGUUUCGUGGAGGAAUCUAGACGACACACGAAUCAACAACGAGAAUGGUUGGAAUUUCGAGAAGAGAGUCGACAGCAAAGUGUGGUGGCCCAGUUGA